AUGUUGUGUAUCGUGGUCCAAGGAGAGGACGACGCCGGCGUCUCGACAAUACGAAAGCAUCUCCGACAAUUGCCGCUUCAAAGUACUCAGCAGGAAGCACGUGAACUCAGUAUCUUUGGCACUGACGGGCGACAACAAGUAACUGACCCUACCGCAUACCCUUACAGCGCUGUGGGAUUGCUGCAGUGGAACGAUAUCACGUGUACAGCCACUCUAGUCGCUUCAAAUAUCGCAUUGACAGCCGCAGAAUGCGUUUUAGACUCGAAAGGUGAACUGCUCGAUAGCGCCCAGAGCAAGUCGGAGUUUACUUUACCUCAAGCAACAGAAACCAAAACGGCAUCAGUCACUCGAGUACACAAGCAGUCAGACUUCUGGGUCCAGUGGACGAACAACACAUACGUGCUAAUCGAGUUAGAUGCCGAACUAGGAGCCUCCAACAAUCUUCUCCUGCCGACAGCGAACACUUUUGCACAAGAUGAUCCCAUGAACGUUCAAUUCGUUGGCUACGGGUGUAACGGAGAAAGCGGUGCAUGUUUCCAGCUAUGUAAGAUCCACUUUCCCAGUGAGUUUAGCGGUCCAGAUUACAUGCUGCACCACGACUGCGACGUGUCCGGACAGAGAUCAGCUGGCUCGCCCAUGCUGAUCCGGUCCACCAAUAUGGAUACAUAUAUCGUUGGGAUGCACACGAACGCGAUAGGUGACGAUAGAGUCGAGGACACGACGUAUUCAUCCUACAACGACAGCGUGGCCAAUCGAGGCGUGUUGGGAUCAUUCGUCCAGCCGCAGUUAUCGUUCUUGCUUGAGCGAGCAGAGUCUUCUGCCUCAUCAGACGUGGCUAGCUCCAUUUCGAGCUUUAUGUCAUCUAGUGGCAGUGCUGUGUCCGAUUUCGCGUCAAAUAGCCACUCUAGAAGUCAAGAACCCGAGGAUCAAACCGAUGCGGGAGCAAGUGAAUCUUUGGCUCCAUCUGCAGCUUCGUCUUCGUCAACAGAAACGACUGUGGCAUCUGGACAGCUCGGUAUCGGAACAACGGCAGCGUACACAUGCAUCGGCGUGGUGUGUGCUACAUGGCUCGCCAUUAUCUUUGCCGCUGGUCGCAGAAUCCGUUCCAAUCGCUGA